UGAAAAUGGAGUAUAACCUGGGCUUUUGGCCACCCCAGCUCUCAAAGGCAGAAGGAGAAAAUGCCACGUUUGUCUGCAAUGUCUCUGGGGGAUUAAUGACUUCCAUCUUGAAUUGGUACAAAGAAAAAAAUGGCAGCCAGCCCGAGAAGUUAGCCGCCUUCCCGAAAGACAAGCCCAGCUCUCCCCUGAAGGACCGGUAUCACAUCGCCAAGCGGAAUGGGCAGACCUAUGAGAUGACCAUCGUGGGUCUGCAGCUGAAUGACAGUGGGAGAUACUUCUGUGGGAUUAUUAACUUCCAAAUGCCGCCAGUGAAAGAAAGUAACUCGUCAGAGCUUAAUGUGACAGAGAGACUCACGGACUCCACGACGACAACUCCCUUCGCCACUCCAGAGGCUCUGGAAAAAUUCCCGAGGAUCAUUGCGGUGGUCUCCAUCAUCGUGGGUGCUGUGCUGGUGCUGCUGCUACUCUGCUGGGUUCUGUUCAUCGUGGAGUCCCGAGGCCGAGGAGGGGCCGGGAACUCCGAGAGCGACAAAGACUCUCUG